UGCGCUUUAUGGUUUUAGAAAAAAAAAACUAUGUGUACCGAAAUGCUUUGCGGGAGGGCGGAGACGAGUUGUCAGGGGGCAUGAGUUGAGAGGUCGGCAAAAAACCGAACCUGUGUAAUGGCUGUCCGGCUAUUGAAAGUCUCCUCAUUGGCCACAACAGUCUUUGCAGCUUCAGGAUUCUACCUGUAUAACAGCUAUGUGGAUCCCAAUGACAUUAGCAUCGUUAGAUUCGGAAGAGCUGCAAUAACGACAGCGGUUAUCAGUUAUGACUACCUCACUUCACUAAAAACUGUACCGUAUGGGACAGAGGACUAUUGGGCAGUAAAAUCCAAGGUACAUCUGCGUUCUGCAGAACGACUCAAAGACCUGUGCUGUGCUAAUAGAGGAACCUUCAUCAAGGUGGGUCAGCACCUGGGUGCACUAGAUUACCUCCUUCCAGAGGAAUACACAAGCACGCUGAAGAUCCUUCACAGCAGGGCACCCCAAAGCAGUCUGAGGGAGAUCGAGCAAGUUAUCAGAGAGGACCUGGGAAAAGAGAUUGCACAGCUGUUUGUGAGUUUUGAAGAGUCCCCUCAAGGAGCAGCCUCUUUAGCCCAGGUUCACAAGGCAGUGUUGCAUGAUGGGAGGACAGUCGCUGUCAAAGUUCAGCAUCCCAAAGUGCAGACCCAGAGUUCCAAGGACAUUCUGGUUAUUGAGUUUCUACUCAAAACUGUGACAUGGCUGUUCCCUGACUUUGGCUUCAUGUGGCUUGUUGAGGAGGCCAAGAAGAACAUGCCUUUGGAGUUGGACUUCUUAAAUGAAGGCAGAAAUGCAGAAAGAGUGGCAAACAUGCUCAAGCACUUUGAAUUCCUGAAGGUGCCAAAAAUCCACUGGGACCUGUCGACCAAGCGUAUUCUGACCAUGGAAUUUGUGGAGGGAGGCCAAGUUAAUGACUUGGAGUACAUGAAGGAAAACUGCAUAGAUGUCAAUGAGAUUUCUCGGAAUCUGGGGAAGAUGUACAGCGAGAUGAUUUUUGUGAAUGGUUUUGUACAUUGUGAUCCACAUCCAGGCAACGUGCUGGUAAAGAAAUGCCCCAAAACCAAUAAGACUGAAAUUAUAUUACUCGAUCAUGGGUUGUAUCAGGUAUUGAAUGAUAGAUUCAGACUAGAUUACUGCCGUCUGUGGCAGUCUCUGAUUAAGACUGACAUGAAGCGCGUUGAGAAAUACAGCCGCCGCCUGGGCGCAGGGGAUUUGUAUCCACUCUUUGCCUGUGUGUUAACUGCGAGAUCCUGGACUGCAGUCAACAGUGGAAUCAGUCAAACCACUGUUACAAAUAAAGAGGAUGUGGAGAUUCGAACAAAUGCUGCCUUGUAUUUACCUCAAAUCAGUGAACUCUUGAACAAGGUCCCUCGUGAAAUGCUGCUGCUUUUAAAGACUAAUGAUCUUCUGCGAGGCAUUGAGACAACACUCCAGACCAGAGCCAGUGCCAGCUCCUUCUUCAACAUGUCCCGCUGCUGUAUUAGGGCCAUAGCCAAAUAUCAGAAGAAAAGAUCCAGGUCCCGCUACAAGAAAAUGCAAAUCUAUUUCUCUGAAGCGUUUACCCUCUGGCAAAUCAAUCUAUAUGAACUCCUGCUGUGGAUUAGAGGGUCAACACUGGGCAAUUGGAUUGUUAGCUUUCUGAACCACAUUCACUAUGUACACUGAGCUGGAAACAAGACUAGGUGCAUAUCAUUUGAUUUAUUGUAUUAUUGUUUUAAGUUUCUGAUUGCAACUAGCUCUUCUGCAGAUCACAUUUCCUUGCAUGUCCAUGUUCUGUGUUUUUGAUACUCCAAAAACAUCAUGGUUAUUUUUCAAAACAUCCCAAUUGAUGGAAAAAAUUGUUGGAACAUUCAUUCUGAAUAAAGUGUACCUGUUUUAACAUCCUUUUUUUGCUCAUAUUGUAUCUAUUGCUUAUAAAUGGAAUGUUCAGUCAUACACCAGGCCAACCUGCUUCACUUUCCUUCAGUAUGUGGUGUAUGCAGCCCAGUUCUAUUAAUCAUGUCCCCAACUCAUCUCUUCCCAUCUUGUAUCCAUGUGUAGUUUGUAAUAUAACAUAAAUAAUUGCCUAUAACCACAAACAUUUGUCAUUACUGUGUGAUUCUUUAUUGUU